AUGCCACCGAAGGGAAAAGACGUGGGCGAACAGGAGGAGUCGGGGAGUUGUUCUUAUCCUCGUGCUAUUCUCAAGACCAGAACGGCAUUUCAGAUCUUCAAAAUGGAUGGAGCUGCAGGGAGUGCGGCCGCCUUUAGUUCUCUCCCAAAUGAUGAAGUGCUGCCGUACAAGAUUCGAUCAUCCGAAUUAACUCUUUUAGCUGCAUUAAGUAUAGUAGAGUCGGAUACACAGAGUAAGAAAACCUUUGGUCCUGCGACAUUGCAUGCGGCAGAUAAUUAUCUUUCUGAACUUCUUUCUUUUAUUCCACUCGGGGGACGUUCACGUGAUUUACAGAAAGUUACUAUUAACUACGAUGCGAUUAAACGUGUUGUCAAGUUAUAUGGAGGAUCAGAGGAUGUCGUGCAACGACUCUCAGUUCUCAGUGAAAAGGAUCUUUCUGCUUCUGAAUCCCCAGCUAGGGAAAUUUCUUCUUUUUUGGAUCAUAUUAAUGCCAUAGAAAAGAUAUUACGCCAGCAAAUGAAAGAUGCAGGUGAAAAGAUUGGAAUGUUUUCUAAGUCAACGGUAUCUACAACUCAAGAAGAAAAAGAAAUUGGGGCAACUAUUACAGAUGAUGAUCGUACAUCUUUAAGUUCUCCAACAUUGUCGCGUAAACGUACAUCCCAUGAAAGAGAUGAUAGUCCUAAACGUAUGGAAGUAAAGGAAACAGAUGAUACUCAACCAAAGAAAGUAAUUAAAAUGGAAGAUAGUGAGAAGAAACCGGUAAAACGUGUUGUACGAAAAAUUCUCUCACAGACAACUUUACAGAAACCAGUAUUUGGUCGUCUUCGGGCAUUAACAAAUCAAGAGAAAAAAGCUGUAACUCUUCUUAAUCAUAUGAUUCAGCUUCUUGGUCAUGUUUACGCGGUACGAUAUAAUAAUCUAUUACCUAUUUUUGAAUUUCUGGAAGAACGAGUAAAAGAAUUACAAGAUAUAAUUGAUUCAGAACGUUCUUCUUUUCAAGUUAAAAGAAAUAAUACACAAGAGACACAAGAACCAUUUCUUAAAGUAACGUUGGAAAAUAUUUCUCAAGCGAUUGAGAAUGCUUCUCAAACUUUUAAAACAGAUGAAGAUUGUCGAUAUGAAUUAGAUGAGGAUUUGUUACACCCUAUUGCCCAUGCUUGCUUAACUGAGAUUAAUCGUAUUGAAGGUUUUAUUACUCCACCCUUUGUAGGACCUUCAGAAGAGGCACUUGCUGCCAAAGCCAAAGCACGUGAAGCUGCACGAGCCAAACGAGAGGAACAACGGGCGAAGGUACUUGAACGUGCCAAAAUGAAAGAAGAACUUGCUGCUAAACGUGAAGAGGAACGACAGUUAGUGCGUUCUCAUCUGGGAGAGUUAGACCCAGCAAGUCUUGUGGAAGAUACAGAGAUAAAAAAUCCUGUUAAUAGCGCCUAUGUACGCUAUGCUAAGUUACCAUUGGAAACUCCAGAACAAUAUGAACAGGCUCUUUUUAUAUGGACUAUGUUAACAUCAUUGCCUAAACCCUUACAUCUUUCACAAAUGCCGUUUAGUUUGUUUCUUAAAGGACUCUUAUCACAUGAGGGACGCGAUAAUGGACUCAUGGAGGAAAUUACAAGUGCACUUGUUGAAGUUGCGAUGGAAAAUCUUCGUGCUGCAAAUGGUCCACGAAUCGUUACACGCGGAAAGGAUUGGUUUGAUACUAUGGUUGAGUUUGUGGGAGUGACAAGUGGUAAUAAAAAGAAACGUGCACCACCACGUUCAAAAACUGUUUCGUAUGAUGAUGAAGAUGAUGAUGAGGACGAGGAUGAGGAUGAUGAAGAUGAUGAUGAAGAAGAAGAGGAACAGGAAGAGGAGGAAGAGAAUGAAAAGAAUGAAGAAGGCGUCAAGGGAGAAAAAGAAAAUGAGGAGGAAACUAAAAAAGAGAAUGAAGCAGAUGAGAAAACAGAGAAGCCACCAAGUGGAUUUUUUGCUGCCAUUAAGUUGACUAUGGAGAGAAUCACAGAGUUAAGACAAAUGGCGGCAUGGGGAAAUUUGGAUAUGGAAGAUCGUUUAAAUCUUUUACAGUACAUGGUGUUAGAAGCACUCUCAUCACCUGAAUUGCAAGAAGAAGCGGAUAAAAUACGUAAAAUGCAUGAAGAAGCUCAAAUCGCAAUGGAAAAGCGAUCUAAAGAACUUCGUGAAGAGGCUGAAAAAGAAAUUAAACAUCUGGUUAAACAGUUUUCAUCAACCAAAACAGCGAAAGAAACAACAGAGACAUAUGAGGAAAAACGACAACAAUUAUUUAAUGACGUAGAGAAGCGAUUAAGUGAAGUUGUACGUGAAUAUGUGGGUAUUCAAGAUGGAAAUGACACAGGAGCUCUUAUUCGUCCACUCGGUAUGGAUCGCUAUCGUCGAAUGUAUUGGCGAUUCCCUUUUGAUCGAAAUAUUGUUGUGCAGACCACUGCAGCUACAGACCCUAAUUUUCCUUUGUUACCUGAACCACGUGAAUUAUUACAAGAUACCAUAAAAAAUUCUAAACAAAUGUUACUUGAUGAUGAUAAUGAAACAAACAAUACAAACGGAAAUAGUGGUAAUGGGAAAGAUAUACAGGAAGAAGAAACACAGCGUGUAUGGGGAAUCAUUCCACCAGAGUAUUUGGCUCAUUUUAUUGAAGGACUUGACAGACGAGGAAAACGAGAGGCAUCACUUCGACGAUCUCUGGAAGCUUUACGACCUUAUUUACUUAGUAUUACUGAACCACAGCAAGGACGUGUUACUCGAAUGCGUUCUCACACAUUUGGCUACUUCAAUAAGCUUAAACUUCAGCUGUAA